UAUGUAAGCAACCAUAUCAUGUUUUUUACAAUAACAUUUCAAACUUGAAUCCCUCACUAUCUUUCUCCAUAUAAAACCAAUAAAAACACCAAGCCAAAGCUUACUAAGAUAUCUCCAAUCAUACAGCCAUGCAUUCACAAAUGAAGAAAAAACCACAAACCCACCACAACAUUCCCAAAACAACUUACAACACCAAUGAUGAUAUAACCGAACAUUCUCCACAUAAUCAACUUUGUAACACUCCUUGUUGUUUUUUCUGCAUUAUGAAAGAACAAAAUCCAUCUCUCAGAAAAGCAAAAAUAUCAACCUGCUUCAAAGAAAUGCAUCAAAGAGACAAUCAAGAACAUGUCUUGGUCCUCAGUGGACUGUGGAACAUAGCCAUGACCCAACCCAACGAUCCAGAGUUUCCAUCCCUCGGCAUAUUCAGCUGCAUGGCCAAACUAAUCACCAAAGGUAUAAAAAAUAAAAACUGGCUUCUUCAAAAUCAAAACAUUUACAUACCUUAUUAUGCUGCUCAUAUCAUUGGCUCUUAUACCAUGAACAAAGAAGAGUUUUCACAGAUAGCUGUGAAAUCAGGUGUUAUACCGCCAUUGUUAGAGCUUCUGAAAGGUAAAAUAAGUUGGGUUGAACAAAGAGUUGCUGUUAGAGCACUUGGUCAUUUAGCUAGUUACAAUAGCACUUUUGAAUCAGUGGCAGAGUAUGAAACAGAGUUGGUGAAAUUAACAAUGAAUUUAGCUUCAACUUGCUUAGAAAAAAUCUAUGUUGAAUUUGUAUCAGUUAAGAGAAGAGUUGAGUAUCACAGAAACUUGCUUACAAGAGGUUUAGGUGAUUUGGAAAUGGAGAAUCGAAAAGCCGAGGAAUGGGCUAGUCAACUUCAAUGUUGGUCUAUUUAUCUUCUGAAUUGUUUUGCUUGCAAAGAUUACAAUAAGUCUUUGAAUCUCAUAUGCAAAAAAGAGUUCUUAAAUGAUUUGUGUGAUAUGUGGGGUGGAUUAAUGAAUAACACUUCACCAGGUGGGUUUGGACUCAUUAGAAUCCUUUGUUAUAAUAACAUUGGAAGAAAAAAAAUUGUUGAGUUACCAAAAGUUGUGAAAACACUUUGUAACCUCUCAAGAUCUUGUGAUGAUUGGCAAUACCUUGGUAUAGAUUGUCUUUUAUUGCUUCUCAAGGAUGAAAAUACAAGGUACAAAGUUAUUAUUGAUGAUGUUGAUGUUGUUUCAUGUCUUGUUGAUUUGAUUGAACUUAGAAAACUUGGUGAUAAAUCAAAUGUUGGUGACAUCAUCACAAAGGUGCUAGAGCUACUUCUUGAACAUAAUAAUAAUCAUCAUCAUUAUAAAUUUUCUACGAAUCUUAUUUCGCUAGAUAUUAUGAUGGUUAGGAGGAAUAAGGAGAAACUUAUGUCAGAGGUAAAAUUAGAAGAAAAAAGGGUUACGGCAAAGUUUAUUAAGCGACAAGCGAAUCAUAUGUUUAGUUUGGGAAAAGUAGAAGAAGCUUUAUUGAAAUAUAAUGAAGCACUUAAUAUUUGUCCUUUGAGGUAUAGAAAUGAAAGAAUGGUGAUUUAUAGUAACAAAGCUGAGUGUAAUUUGUUGCUUAAAAAUCCUGAUUCAGCUAUAAGUGAUUCAACACGUGCACUUUGUCUCUCUAAUCCAACAAAUACACAUGGGAAAAGUCUUUGGAGAAGAUCACAAGCUUAUGAUAUGAAAGGAAUGGCUAAAGAGAGUCUUAUGGAUUGUAUAAUGUUUAUGAAUGGUUUUGUUAAGUCAAAUGAGAACAAACAUGUUAAGGUUUCAUAUCAUGCUGCGAAGAUGUUCUGCAAACAAAUGGAUGCCACGUGGCUAUUUGGCGAUGUUUGUUCAAAGUCAAAGGUAGUAGACAAUGUUAAUAUUCCACUUGUGGAAAACCUACCUUGUGAUCAUAAGAUGAUGAUGAUGGAAAAGAGGAGUUUCUUGCCAGAUUUGUCUACCAUUAUGGAAGAACCUUUUCACGCUAAAGAAGCUAGUAGGAGAAUGAUUGAACGAGCAAGAAGGAGAUUAAAGAAAGCUGAUGUAAAUCGAUUAACUUGAGUGAUCAAAUUUAAUUGGCUACUUGCCUACGGAAGAAGAGAAUCUUGUGUGACAACUCGUAUAUUUUGGACACUUGCUAUAGGUUAGAACUCAAUUUGAAACAUAUAUUAUGUUUGUAUCCAUACUUAAUUUGUCGGUGACAGAUUCAAAUCAAAUAAAUAGGGCUCUAAAAAAGCCGAGCAAGUCUUACUUCGACACAAUUUCAAAUAAAAAAAAUGUUGAGGUACACAUACAAAUAAAAAAAAGGUUAAAAUUGAAAUGAUUUAGUCAUAAUUUUUUUAUUUAUGUAUGUGUGUUUAAACAUUUUCAAUUUGAAAUUGUGUCUUAAGACAAAUAAUCUAUUUUUGCAUGUUGAAAAUGGCAAAUGGUGUGUUGCAUAUAAA